GAGCACCGAACUCGCAACCCGUAGUGUAAUAUGACCUUAAGGAUAGUUUCUUCAUGUUUAUGAGAAGAGAAAGAAGGUUAUGCGGUAAAAGUUCGUGUGAAGAGCUUUUUCCAAUAAUUUUUUAAAGAAGCAUACUUCGAAAAUAAUAAUCAAGAUGACGAUUGGCAAGAACAACAAGAUGUUGCAACAUAUCAACUAUAGAGUCAGAAUCAUCUUACAGGAUUCUAGAACGUUCAUUGGCACUUUUAAGGCUUUCGACAAGCAUAUGAACCUGAUACUUGGUGACUGUGAGGAAUUUCGCAAGAUCAAGCCAAAGAAUACCAAGCAACCUGAAAGGGAAGAGAAGCGUGUAUUGGGAUUUGUGCUUUUACGCGGCGAGAAUAUAGUGUCAUUGACUGUGGAAGGUCCUCCACCUCCUGAGGAAGGAUUACCUAGAGUACCAAUUCCAGGAGCAGCGCCAGGGCCAGGUAUGGCUCGUGCUGCAGGCAGAGGUAUGCCAGCAAACGUCGCGGGAGUACCGGCUGGACUUCAGGGUCCUGUCAGAGGUGUCGGAGGACCGUCUCAACAGAUCAUGACGCCUGGUAGCCGAGGUCAAGUCUCGGCACCACCUCAAAUACAUCCUGGCGGCCCGCCACGUAUGCCAGUCGGUGGACCGCCUCCAGGCAUGAUGGGACCACCAGCUGGAAUGAUGGGUAUGCCACCUGGAAUGCCACCCAUAGGACGUGGUGGCCCACCAAUGGGACCACCUGGCAUGAGAGGCCCACCUCCUGGAUUGAUGCGUGGUGGUCCUCCUCCUCGUCCAUAUUAAUUAUUAAGAUACUUUAUGAUAAUACAAUUAGAGACAAUAAGAAAUUCUUUGAUAAUAUUGAUAUAUUUACCCUAGUCUUUGCAUAACUUUCUUCAAUAUGUAUCAGUUUUAUUAAAACAUGCAACAAAUGAUAAAGUA